CAUUCCACUCUGCGCAAAAGCAUGCGCACUUUUUCUGCGCGCACAUGACAGCCGGCAGGGACUUUUUCCUCUCUUAUAAUAACAAUAAUAAUAAUAGUAAUAAUAAUAAUAAUGCUGACGUGCAUGCAUUUUUAAGCUGACUAGAGAGUGCGCUCCGUCUUCUAAAUAGACUUUCCCCCCCCCCCCCUUUUUUUUCUUUUAAAAAGCUGCCUUUUCUUCUCUAAAAUUGGCUCCCGUACAAACAGCCGCGUUGGAUCCGUCGGCGUACUGCGAGACUCCGGUGUACAACCCGGAUCUCUGCCCCAACAUGAUCGCCGCGCAGGCCAAGCUGGUGUACCACCUCAACAAAUACUACAACGAGUGCCAGUCCCGCAAGGCGGCCAUCUCCAAGAGCAUCCGCGAGGUGUGCAAGGUGGUGUCGGACGUGCUGAAGGAGGUGGAGGUGCAGGAGCCGCGCUUCAUCAGCUCGCUCAGCGAGAUGGACAACCGCUUCGAGGGCCUGGAGGUCAUCUCGCCCACCGAGUUCGAGGUGGUGCUCUACCUCAACCAGAUGGGCGUCUUCAACUUCGUGGACGACGGCUCGCUGCCGGGCUGCGCCGUGCUGAAGCUGAGCGACGGCCGCAAGCGGAGCAUGUCCCUCUGGGUGGAGUUCAUCACCGCCUCCGGCUACCUCUCGGCGCGCAAGAUCCGCUCCCGCUUCCAGACGCUGGUGGCGCAGGCGGUGGACAAGUGCAGCUACCGCGACGUGGUGAAGAUGGUGGCGGACACCAGCGAGGUGAAGCUGCGCAUCCGGGACCGCUACGUGGUGCAGAUCACGCCCGCCUUUAAGUGCACCGGCAUCUGGCCGAGGAGCGCCGCGCACUGGCCGCUGCCGCACAUCCCCUGGCCGGGGCCCAACCGGGUGGCGGAGGUCAAGGCGGAGGGCUUCAAUCUCCUCUCCAAGGAGUGCUACUCGCUCAACGGCAAGCAGAGCUCGGCCGAGAGCGACGCCUGGGUGCUGCAGUUCGCCGAGGCCGAGAACCGCCUGCUGCUCGGCGGCUAGAAGAAGUGCCUCUCGGUGCUGAAGACGCUGCGGGACCGCCACCUGGAGCUGCCGGGCCAGCCGCUCAACAACUACCACAUGAAGACUCUGGUCUCCUACGAGUGCGAGAAGCACCAGGAGUCGGACUGGGACGAGAACUGCUUGGGGGACCGCAUGAACGGGAUUCUAUUGCAGCUCAUCUCCUGUUUGCAGUGCCGGAGGUGUCCGCACUACUUCCUGCCCAGCCUGGACCUCUUCCAGGGCAAGCCGCACUCGGCCCUGGAGAACGCCGCCAAGCAGACGUGGCGGCUGGCGAGAGAAAUACUGACCAACCCCAAGAGCUUGGAGAAACUCUGAGGUAACAACCAGGAGACAACAAAAAAAAACCCAGUCCUAAUUCUUAUCAGGACGCAUUUUUUUUUAAAUAAUCCCCCCCCAAAAAAUGUUCCAAACACACACAUGUACAUUUAUACUGUAAAUGUCUUCAUAUUUGUGGUAACAGAUUUGUGAAUGUUGUUCUGUGACACCUGUUUGGAAUAUUAAUUUAUAUAUCCAGUCUGUCCUUUUAUUCCAGUUUACAUUUUGAGUGUCAAACAUUCCAUCAAUUUACUUGAAUUUAUUUUAAUUUAAGGUACUUUUUAUUGGCUGUUGUUUUUGUUUUUUUUUAAUAUAUAUUAUAUAUAUUUCCUCUGCCGUGCUUUUUUAGUCACAAGAUUUGUUUUCUACAAAAAAAAAUGACAACCUAUAAUAAAUAUAGUAAAUAUAUAUUACGUUCAAAUUGAAAAAGAAAUGCACUUGAAAAAAAAAAACACUGGAUUAUAACAUCUGUGAUCUGUUUUGUUUUUAAUUGUCCUCACUUUAUUUAAAGAGCUAAUAAAAACGAGUUGUUAUAUAAUUGUUGGCUUUUAUUAAACGUGUUUUAAAAAACUAUAAAUAAAACAACUUGAAUUUAGACGUGUUGCAUGAAAUUCACUAAUGUGCAUUAAAUAAGGCCAAUGCAUUUGCACGAAAUUACCAUCGUUGCGGCUUUUUUUUUACGCGUCCUAAAACGCAAGCUUACCUUUGGGCUGACUCGUUUAAAGGCCGGCUCUUCCUCGUCCACCUCGAAGUAGAUUUCGCUGGUGGUGAUGGACAAAGUCCCCUUGGCCACCAGGCCUGGCGCGACCAGCUGGGCCGGGCUGCUCAGAACCACUGCGCCUGUGUGGGUCGGAUAUAUUCCAAGUAAAAAUUCAUAUGUGCAAAUAAUGGAGUAUCCAAAAAAUACUCCGUGAUUUUUUUAUUUUUUUUUAGCAUUUAGUACAAUUUUAACUGUGCAGUGUGUGCAUCGUCAAUUAAAAAUACAAAUGUCUGCAAAACGUUAUGACAAUGUGUGCCUGCAGCACCAACAUGCACUGGUGCAGAAACAAGAAAAUUACCUAUAAUUGUUUUGCAAAAAAGUGCAGCACACACGCAUGAAAAAGGACAAAUUAUGCGGGGGAAAAAAAUAAAAAUUCACUAUAAUUUUGUUUUCAAAACAGUGAAGCACAAAUGCAAAAUAGGAUACAUUAUGCAGAAAAAAAAAAAGAAAAUUCACGAUAAUUGUUUUGCAAAAAAGUGCAGCACACAUGCAUAAAAAAGGACACAUUAUGAAGGAAGAAAUUAAAAUUCAUUAUAAUUGUUUAUCAAAAGGUGCAGCCCAUAUGCAAAAGAGGACAAUGUGCAGGGAAAAAAAAAGAAAAUUCACUGUAAUUGUUUUGCAAAAAAUUGCAGCACACAUGCAUAAAAAAAGGACAAAUUAUGCAGAAAAAAGAACAUUCACUGUAAUUGUUUUGCAAAAAAAGUGCAGCACAUGCAAAAAAGGACAUAACAUGCAGGAAAAAAAGAAAAUUCACUGUAAUUGUUUUGCAAAAAAGUGCAGCACAUGCAAACAAGGACAUGGGUUCUGAACCGAGGAUGUCGUUGUGGCUUGUGCAGCCCUUUGAGACACUUGUGAUUUAGGGCUAUAUAAAUAAACAUUGAUUGAUUGACAUAAUAUGCAGGAAAAAAAGAAAAUUCACUGUAAUUGUUUUGAAAAAAAGUGCAGCACACAUGCAAAAAAGGACAUCAUAUGCAGAUAAAAACAACAUGCACGGUAAUUGUUUUGCAAAAAAAGUGCAGCACAUGCAAAAAAGGACAUAACAUGCAGGAAAAAAAGAAAAUUCACUGUAAUUGUUUUGCAAAAAAGUGCAGCACAUGCAAACAAGGACAUGGGUUCUGAACCGAGGAUGUUGUUGUGGCUUGUGCAGCCCUUUGAGACACUUGUGAUUUAAGGCUGUAUAAAUAAACAUUGAUUGAUUGAUUGAUUGACAUAAUAUGCAGGAAAAAAAAGAAAAUUCACUGUAAUUGUUUUGCAAAAAAGUGCAGCACACAUGCAAAAAAGGACAUAAUAUGCAGAUAAAAACAACAUGCACGGUAAUUGUUUUGCAAAAAAAAAGUGCAGCACAUGCAAACAAGGACAUAAUAUGCAGGAAAAAAAGAAAAUUCACAGUAAUUGUUUGGCAAAAAAGUGCAGCACACAUGCAAGAAAAAAGACAUAAUAUGCAGGGGAAAAAAAGAAAAUUCACUGUAAUUGUUUUGCAAAAAAGUGCAGCACAUGCAAACAAGGACAUGGGUUCUGAACCGGGGAUGUCGUUGUGGCUUGUGCAGCCCUUUGAGAUACUUGUGAUUUAGGGCUAUAUAAAUAAACAUUGAUUGAUUGAUUGAUUGACAUAAUAUGCAGGAAAAAAAAGAAAAUUCACUGUAAUUGUUUUGCAAAAAAGUGCAGCACACAUGCAAAAAAGGACAUAAUAUGCAGAUAAAAACAACAUGCAUGGUAAUUGUUUUGCAAAAAAAAAGUGCAGCACAUGCAAACAAGGACAUAAUAUGCAGGAAAAAAAGAAAAUUCACUAUAAUUGUUUUGCAAAAAAGUGCAGCACACAUGCAAGAAAAAAUACAUAACAUGCAGGAAAAAAAGAACAUUCACUGUAAUUGUUUUGCAAAAAAAGUGCAGCACAUGCAAACAAGGACAUAAAAUGCAGAAAAAAUAGGACAUUCACUAUAAUUGUUUUGCAAAAAAAAGUGCGGCACAUGCAAACAAGGCCAUAACAUGCAGGAAAAAAAGAAAAUUCACUAUAAUUGUUUUGCAAAAAAAGUGCAGCACACAUGCAUGAAAAAGAACAUAAUAGGCAGAAAAAAAGAAAAUUCCCUGUAAUUGUUUUGCAAAAAAGUGCAGCACAUGCAUGAAAAAGGAUAAUCUAAAAGAAGAUGCAAACAGUUAACUGCAUUGCACUGCAUCAAAAUGCUGCCUUCAAGUUUACAUCAGUUGAUCUUAUCACACCGUUAUUGUGCAUUGUUCACCCCUGACUGUAGAGCCAAGAUAUUUAUCGAUCCCUUAAAGUCAAGAGGAGCCACUUCAGCCUAACAUCCAUCUUCAUUUGCGUCGCAGGGCCAAUUAUGGCUGAUAGUGUUACAGGACACAAGUGGAUUUGGGGCUCUCUGAUCCCUCCAUGCCGGAGCUGCAACCCCCAACCCAUACCAGCAUCCAUGCACCCCCAUCACUAACUACAUGCACUAAGACGGAAUUUGCUCGGUGCUUUAUUUUUGCUGAUGCUAUCUGUUUAUAUCACGCUGGAGUGAAUACUGCACACACCUCAUUACAGUAUUUCACCUUGUAAACAUCCAAGUGACGUCAUUGGAGGUAAUCCCAUUGAUAAGAAGCAUAUUCUUUUAUUAUGUUACGCAUGCAUUGUGACUGUACUUUCAAUUUAAAGGUUGACGCUUUAUGUGAUGAACUACAGACACACACACACACACACACUUAAAUACACAUGCACAAGCCUGAAGCAGUGCAGCCAUUGCUCAUGCAGAGGAAGAGGAUUAGGCUGCAUAAUCCCCUCAGAGAUCCUUCCAUAAUUAGGCGAUAUGGCAUUAAAAUGUUUACACAAGAAUAAUGAAAUUAAGCGCAAGUUAACACAGGCUUGGGGAGCGUAUGUAGGUUAAAUUCCCGGGCAGUCUUCGGAUUAUCGGUGCACAUGUUAGUCCGAGGGGGGAAUUUGCUGCAAGGGAAGAACAUGUCUCAUUCCGGCUGCAGUGUAUUUUUGGGCGAUGGGGUUAUAUUAUGGGAGUAAUUCAUCCUGCCUAUGAAAAUGCACACAAAGUUUGACAGCGACAAAAGGUGACACGGACACUUCUUUAGGUACAUCUGUACUUUCUACACACUACAGUAGAGCCAUCGGAAACACUAGAGUGAGGCUGAGUGUGUUAUUGUCGCUUCAGUCCGCCUACAUCGUACAGGGAAACAUAUCCUUACAAAUGAAAAUGUAAAAUAUUCUGUGGUUCUCCAACCACAAUAAAUCCGAUUUUUAUCUUCGAUAGCCUUACACUGUGGAAUCUUGAAAAAGUGUACUUAAUGAAGUGUCUUAAUGCUUUUUGCUCAUGAUCAAUGAUUUGAUCACAUUUAAAAUCCCCAUUCAGGCUGAAUAAAACAUGCACUCAGAUUAUUUAGGAAAAAAUACAUAAAACCUCAGAAUUAUUUAGUUUUCCAUUUUUUUUUUUUUUUUUCAAAAUAAAAUGUCAGGUUUAUAUUUCUAUUGUCCUCAUAGAAUGUAAAAUCCGUGUGCUUUUGUAAAACGCAGACAUUCAAAUUCUCUUUUGAGUCUUUUAAUUUCUAGUGAAAACUGCAUUUUGUAAAAGAAAACAUGUACAAAAAAAAAAAAGGAUAGACUUGGUAAGACUUCACUUUUUUGUUGAUUAAGCAUGGCUAAAUGAAAAAAUACCCUAAACUUUGUUGUUAUACUGAAGUUGACAAAGAAAAUAGUCUAAGAAUCAAUAUUUUUUAUUUUCAGUCUGGCUCAUAUGCGCCUUUAUGAUGUUCUGGUGUGUUUAUUUUUAGAAUAUGCAGCAGGCCAAUUAAAUAAAACCAAAUUUAGACACCCCUGUUGUAGGAUGACAAACAAUGUUGUGGCACUGGAAUACAAGCCUCUAUCAUACAUCCACACAGGCUGGUUUUCAGCUGCAUGAAGACGAGGGAGCACACAAAGGGUAACGUCUAAUGCCAGCGGUUCCGUCAUUGUAGAGGGCAAACCAGGGUUUACAGCCGUCUCAGGCUCCGCCCCCUCCCCUUGGCAGGAGGCGGAGUUUGGCUGCCUGACAAGAAUCAAGUCUGGGAUCUCUCAUGAGGCCUGUUCAUGUCGGCGAUGAUAAGAUGGGAGCCAAGCAAGUACAGGGCGAUCCAAAAACUAACAAAACACUGCUAACAAUAAACAUUGUUGAGAGAAGGCCGCAGCGCCCCCGCAGGAGGGAAGGCAAAUUGCAAUUUUGAAAAAAACACUGCAAGAAAAAAUAUGUUCUAAAUGUAAAAAAUAAAUAAAAUAAAAUAAAAUUGUUUUGGCUUGUGGAACCUUUGAAUACAUUACCUUACUGUAUAAACCAGGGGUGUCACUCAUUUUAGAUUGGGAGCCACAUGGAGAAAAAUCUACUCCCAAUUGGGCCGGACUAGUAAAAUCACGGCACAAUAACUUCAAAAUAAAGACAACUUCAGAUUAUUUUCUUUGUUUAAAAAUAGAACAAGCACAUUCUGAAAUUGUACAAAUCAUAAUGUCGUUGUUUUUUUACACUUACAUGUUGCGGUUAAUAGUAUUCUAUCUUUUUUUGUCGUUAUUUACACUACCGUUCAAAAGUUUGGGGUCACAUUGAAAUGUCCUUAUUUUUGAAGGAA